AUGUCUGCUCUUCUUACAGCCGGCCUGAUUACGGCCUUGGCUGCAUCACCAGUCUCAGCAUUCUGGCGACUACCAUGCAAAUCCCCCAUCGUCGUCGAACGGGCCGAUCCUAUAGUCAGUCCUGGCAAGGUCGCUUCCCAUCUACACACUAUCAUGGGAGGAAACGCCUUCGACUUCACCAUGGACGACAACACCACUCGUUCGUCCACAUGCUCGUCAUGUACUGUGAUUGGGGAUGACAGCAACUAUUGGACCCCAACCUUGUUCUUCCAGCAUCAGAACGGGACCUUUGAAAGCGUCAAACAAGUUGGAGGUGCAACUGUAUACUAUCUACAACGCAAGGGCGAUGGAGAGACCCUGAAGGCUUUCCCGCCUGGCUUCCGCAUGCUCGCAGGAGAUCCGUUCAAACGCAGUGGUGGAGAUGAUUUUGCUUCACAAGCGGUCAGUUACAACUGUCUCAACUACAAUGGUCCGGCCAAGCCAGAAACUGGAAUGUUUCCAAACUACAAUUGCCCGGAUGGCCUUCGUGCUCAAGUCUUCUUUCCGUCGUGCUGGAACGGUAAAGACCUCGAUACCCCAGACCACAAGUCUCACAUGUCGUACCCAGCAAACUCGUACAACUCUGGUGCAUGCCCUCCGGACUUCCCAGUGCAUCUGAUCUCCAUCUUCUACGAGGUGAUCUGGGAUACUGGCAAAUUUGCCGACCAGUGGUAUGGAGAUAGUCAACCCUUCGUCUGGUCCAUGGGCGACCCUACAGGCUAUGGUGGCCAUGGAGAUUUCAUCAUGGGGUGGGAUCCAGAUCUCCUCCAGCGAGCUGUCGACACCUGCACCAAUGAUAGUGGACGUGUGGAGGACUGCCCCGAGUUCAAAUUGAUCCCCGACUCGCAAGCGGAAGGCUGCCGAAUCGCAUCAAAGGUCGACGAGCCUGUCAGUGGUCUCCUCGAUGCUCUGCCUGGUUGCAAUGCUGUUCAACAGGGCCCUGAACCAGCCAAGCCGCAGACCGACUGCGGUGCUCCUACAACCGUAGGCGCAGGCAACGCGACCUUCUUUACCGAUCUCACCAGCAAAGGAUGGUCUUAUACCGGUUGCGGCACCGACAACUACUACAACCGUAUCCUUACUGGCACCAGUGAGUCGAAUGGUCAAAUGACCAAUGAAGCUUGUGUUGCAUUCUGCGACAGCAAAGGAUUCUCGGUCGCCGGAACCGAAUAUUCAUCGGAGUGCUAUUGCGGCAAUUCUAUCCCAACGAGUGGAAUGCCCGUCCCCGGUGUCGUUGGCAAUUGCCAGAUGAAGUGCUCGGGCGACGAUAGCGAAUUCUGCGGCGGUGCAGGGCUCAUCUCGCUUUACCAGAAAUGCACUGGCAGCGAGUGCGUCAACACUGGUGGUGCUGGCGGCGGUGCUGGCGGCUCGAGCCAGGUCAUCUCGACCAGUUCCUCUGCUCCAGUGUCGACAACUACCUCUCCUACUUCCAGCUCAGCCGCUGCUCCACCGUCGUCGUCGUCGUCGUCGUCGAGUACAAGUUCUGCCCGUGCUUCUUCAUCCUCUGCAGUGGCCACCUCCGCUCCGCCCUCAUCGUCAUCUCAGGCUACUUUGACGACUUUGACGACUUCAUCCUCGUCCUCGACGGCGAUCGCAUCGCCAACUUCUACUACGCCCGUCUCCUCAAACCCAUCAUGGUCGUACUCGGGCUGCUUCACAGACACUGUCUUCCCGCGCUCACUGCCGGAGUGGUCCAACUUCAAUGGGCCGACCAUGACGAACGACGCCUGCAUCUCCUACUGCGACAAGGCAGGCUUCCCGGUCGCCGGCACCGAAUACGCAGGGCAGUGUUUCUGCGGCACCAGCACCCCCACGCCCCAGUUGACCGAAGACAAGUGCAACAUGGCCUGCACGGGCGCCGCGGACCAAGUGUGCGGCGGUCCCGGCGCGUUGAGCGUAUGGAACAAGAAGACAACAACUACCAAGAGAGCCAGCGCCGCGGUCAAGAGACAUGCCAGCCACCUGAGGAAACAUCAGCUACGAAGGGAGAUGUCCUGA